CGACAGACCCCUCGUUGCGACAGUGCUGCCCGUACGUAACGGGAUAUUGCAGUUAACUUCAGGCGAGCUGUUGGCUGCGAGCUGUCAACAGGGCAGAACAGAAAAAGUCACGUCGACAGAAAAACAAACGUGGACAGCUUUCAAAAUUGUAUCUCUAAAUUGCGUCUUUAAAAAACUAUUCCUGAAACUUGAAUUUAGUGGUUUAGCAUUGUACCCUCAUAGUGAAUUAGUAAUUCAACGUUAAAUGUAAGAUUGCAUAUACUUUAAAUGAAAUUAUAAUCAAAAUAAUGAUAAAUUAAUAACCUACAUAGAUCUAACCCACGUCAGCAAUAAAGAGCGAUCCGACGACUCACCUUAUUCAUUGUCGGUCUACCAAUUUUCUUGAAGCAUACAGCAACAAACUAGGCGUUUGCUUUCGAGAGUUGGACAACACCCACAAUAUACCCACCGUACAAUUUCUUCAAGAAAUUUGUGGAAUGCUGUACCGGAGUACCGAAAUGAUGAAAGAUCGUCGAGAUACCGCCAAGCACAACUGCCAGUCGUGCGACCGCCCGGAUGCGGCGGAGUUUGAGAUGAUAGAAUGUGACGCCUGCAAACGGUGGGAACACCUUGAAUGUGCCGGUGUCGAUCAGGAGGCCAAAAAGCCGGGUCGCCGAUACAAGUGUUCGUCAUGUUCAGCGAAGCAAGGAGCAUGCAAUAAACAAUUUCCCCAACUACCGGUUGACGACCGUCCGGUUCGAAGCACUAGAACUAGUACAAAGAAAAGCCAGGUGGCCAGUGCCACUUCAAGCGUUCGGGCGGCGAUGAUGGAAGCGCAGCUCAAGAUUGCAGAAGAGGAACUGCGGCAUCGUGAACAAGAACUCGUGGCUUUGGCUGAAUUGAAACAGAAGGAGUUGGAAGAAUCGGAAAGGCAGCUGAAAGAAAGGAAACAAUUAGCAGAAGAAGAAAAGAGCCUACGAGAACGCAAGCUGCAGGACGAGAAGGAACUGACAGCGCUACAAUCGAAACUAAGGCAGGCAUCAUUGGAGAAACGCCAGGAAAUAAUUCGACAAGCGGCUCUAAGCAGUAAAGGUGGCUCUAGGAGUGGUUCUCUACCGGAUUCCAACCAAAAAGUCUCUGAUUGACUGGAAAAACAAUCGAUGGCAGAUGGACUAGAUGGGAGACCAGUUGAAGGCGGCGCUGUAAACGUCGAUCGCGUACAUCCCCUCUCCAAUGCCAUCCGGGCCGAUCCUGAAUCACAAAUCAUCGGAGGAAUUCCUCUGAUUCAAUUUGACAAUCAGGAACCGCAAGCAGUCAAUGCAAAUUUUCCACAAGUAGCUCAUUCGACUCCACAUUACUCUGCUGAGUUCGAGCGGGAACUCUUACGUCCAGCAAUAGACCGCAUUCCCUCGUCCGCAAACGCAGUACGGUUCCCCCAGCUUCAGACAACUAGCGCAAAUCAACAGAUCAGUUCGAACCCAGUCGUUUUAACACAACAACAUAUUGCUGCACGUCAAGUAUUGGGAAAAGAGUUGCCAAUCUUCAGUGGCAAUCCUGAGGACUGGCCAAUAUUUAUCAGCAGUUUUGACCAGUCGACUAUUGCCUGCGGAUAUACAGAAGCGGAAAAUCUAAUACGUCUGCGACGAUGUCUCCGUGGUCGCGCACUGGAAACGGUCAAGAGUCGAUUGCUUUUGCCAUCAGGAGUCCCUCACGUAGUACGAACAUUGCGUACGCUCUACGGACGUCCAGAGCUUCUCAUUCGUUCGUUGAUAGACAAAGUUCAACAAGUAACGGCUCCAAAACAAGACCGCCUUGACACCCUCAUAGACUUCGGCAUUUCAGUCCAAAACCU